GUUUAUAAGAAAACUGCCUGCGGACAUAUCUACAGUGUACCUUCACGUUGCUGAACUUUUAUCUUGUAUAAAGUGUACUUUGUCAAAAAUCUGAAGUCCAGGUUACAAUGGCAAAACAAAGAGGAUUUCAUCCUGAUCCCGAACUGACAGAGAUUCUGGGAAGACUUUGGGAACUGGACAAAAACAAAUGUUUUUCUGGCUAUGAUUUUGAUAUUGAUCUUCAAGGAUAUGUGACAAGUGGCAAAGAGCUACAGAGAGACAGAGCGAGAUACACACUGUUUGCCUGGGUCGAUGAAGAAAAUGUGUUUGAAAGAAAAACCUACAAAACAUUCAAAGCUCUCUUAGACAACUAUGAGCUGGAGUGUGGGGAACAAGAAGUGGUAACAAAUGAAGAGAGGAAGGAGAAUCGGGAUUUUAUCGAUGCCAUUAUGGAGACGGAUGUAAUGCAGGAAGCUCACCGCUACCUGGUGGAGAAAAACAAAGCACCUACGGAUGAGAUCGAGUUUAAACGGCUUCUCUACAAAACCUGGUUCAAUCUUAUACGCAGGACAAAGGGUGACAGGGACUUUGAUUCCAGCAGCUUUGAGCACGUUUUCGUGGGCGAGGGUCGUGAAGAUGAUUUUAUCGGCCUUCAUAACUGGAUUCAGUUCUACCUUCAGGAGAAAGCAGGAAACAUUGACUAUCACGGCUAUUUCCGACGAGAAACGGUGAAGGAUGACGACUAUUUCCGAUUAAUAGCUCUUCAGUUCAGCUGGCGGGGAGAAAAAGGGAAGCCAAUGAGCUCAUGCUUCUUGGGGACCAGCCCAGAAUUUGAGAUUGCAGCAUACACAGUGUGCUUCCUGAGCGGUAAACACGGACGUAACAUGGAUGUUCAGCUUGGCGAGUAUGAGGUGGAAAUCAGCUGUCUUCCUCUCGGACACCACUGCAUCGGAACGGCCUACAUCGCUGCUGCCAGGAUGAACUAGAUGACUUCAUGUCUGUCUCCCGCGUAACGAAGAACUCAGAAUGAUCUGCUCAUUAACUUGUACUGUUGAGAUUCUUUUCACAUCUUGCCUUAUGAUACAUGUAUUUUAGUAGCACAGAACAUGACUGUGUGUUCUUAAAAUACUCAGUUUGUGUAACAUUCAGGGUUUUAUGCUGACUUUAUCUGGUAUGGUAGCCCGUAGGGUUAGCAGUGGUUGAAAACUUAGCUUCCAAAGGUGAAAAGAAUGAAUGGGUGGGAUGUUGCUCUUUCAAUGAAAUUUAGAAUAAAGAAUGCAACUUCUGAUAUUUUAGGAAAACUCUAGGGUUAAGUAUUCAACAUUGGAGAAAUUUGGGGGUUAAAUAUUCCACACUAAAACAAUGCUCCGGGGUCAUAGAUUUCAGCUUCCAUAGAGUGCUUUCUGAGUGGUAAACACGGAUGUUGCAUUCGAUUGUCAGAGGACAUCAGCUUUACUGCGCUCAGGGAUUUCACAUCACAACUGCCUGAAAUUUACCUUACCUCCUCAAUAUAUUAAAGAUUUCCCACCUAGUCAGAUUUUUACUAGCGUACGUUAUGGGCUACCGUUAUCAUUAACCCUAACCACAUAUCAACACUGUCAAUGGUCAGUAAUUCUGUAAAAAUUAUUAUGAUGAUGUUGAUUAUAUAUACAUGUAUAUAUAUAUAUAUAUUAUAUCUGUAUUGGUGUCUAUACUUAAUUUGAAAGCAAUACUGAAAUACCUCAGAGAUGAAAAUGACACUUUCAUCAUUAUUAAUUGUUAAAUAUUUUAUUAACAUUUUUAAAAGUAGGGGCUUACAUGUAAUUCAAGAAUUUUUGUUUUUGUUCUAGUUGACUUUAUCUUACAGUUGAACCAUUUGUGAUUCAUCUAUGUGCUCUUUUUUACAUACUGGUAUACAUCAUUGUAUAUGGUUGUGCGGUCGUUAUCUUUGUUUAAUACUUUUAUACUCAAUUCGUCCAAUUGUACUAAACACCUUUCUUAAUUAUCUUAUAUACGACAUUAUGGAAGAUAUGAGUUGAGUUUGUUAUAUUGAAAUUUAAAACUGUGGGGAGGGGGUGUUAGUGUUAGUUCCUACUAAUUUUCAAUUGAACCAUGUGAGCAAAGUGUCAUUGUAACAUAUUUAUUUCAGUGUAUACCAGUAAAAGUAAAUACAGGAUAUGUUUUCAAUUGAAUAACAUUUAUAAGGAAUGUGCAAUUGUACAAUUUCAGGAUUUAUCAGGCUACACUGUUCAGCAUUAAUAAGUCCUUUACUGACUUUAACCAAAGCUUCCGUGUUACUUUUAUUUGUGAAGGUAUGAAAUAUUUAGUAAAUGUGUGUUGAAAUUCUAUUGGUGCUAUGAAAGGUAAAGAUGACCAUGGAUAAAUAAAAAUGGCCAAAUACUGAAAAAAUUUCACGCACACACACUUGUUAAUUGUUUUGCUCUUUUAGAAAGAUUAUUUAUUCAAAUUUACCCAUUAAGAUAGAUUUUCAGUGGACAAAAAUGAAACAAAAUGGGUGAAAAUGUCUUGUGAUUCAGUAAACUGAGAAAUUAUGCAUGGGCAUGUGAUGUAUAAGGUGUCAGAAAGGAUUGGGUUUUUUCAGCAUUUUGAUUUGGUUCAAAAUAGAUAUGAAAACAUGCUGGUCAUAUUAUACGGGUUCUUAUAAAAGAGGGCAAAGGGUGGUGAUUUUAAUACUACAUACAUUUAUUUAAAAACUUGCUACAUGUAUGAGGAGGUGGUGGUAAACAUUAAAAUUACAUCAGAGUAAUUCAUCUGCUGUCUUACUGUUAGAUAGAUAAAAUGACUAAAGACAGUAUGGAUGGUAAACUCUCACUUACUAAUAAUCAAAUUAGAAUUUGUAUAGUUUGAUGAAUUAGAUGUACAUGUAUAUUUAAGACAUUUUUCUAAUGUUUUAAAUAUUUAUCUGAAAAUUCUUACAGGAAAUAUAAGCAGUUCAUUUCCAUUAACCUCACCCGUUAUCUCAGCCAGUUUACCAGAACUUGACUUCCCGUAUUAAAAGUUACAUUUUUCGUGUAAUUUGACCCUGUUAAUAUCUCGACUUCUAAAAUCACAUCCUGUCCAUUUCUGCAAUGUGUGUAUGACGGUGCUCCUCCGAUGUUUACUGCUUUACUUUGACCCUCAUUUUUUUUUUUUUUUUUUUUUUUAAAAAUACAUUUUAUACCAUUUUUCAUGAAUGUUUUUUUUUUUAUAAACCUUAAUUUUCAUUGUAUAUACAUAGAAAUUUUUUAUUUAUACAUGUACAGAGGUAUUAAAACUGCUGAAUAUGUUGGGAAGGUGUAUUUAUAGGAUGAAUAUACAAUAAAAUUAGUAAUUACAGA